GCGGCGUGUAUAUUUUUUCACGUGUCUUCAAUAAAAACUAUGUAAUACAAUAGAAAUUAGUAAGCAAUAGUAAUUAAAUAUACGUGAAAAUGUUCAAAGUGCCAGAAUGGGGCACCGACGUGCCCGACACUAGUGUAAACUUCUCCAAAUCUGCAAACAAUAAACAGGGAAAAAUGUCGUCUACGGCAGAGACCAAAGAGUCUAAAGUCAAACCUCCUCAAGUAAAUGGCAACAUUCAGAAAAAAACAACCGCUAAGAAAUCUACGGACAAGCGGAAGUUGAAGAAAAUCAGGCAGAAAAACAGGAAAAUAUAUCAAACUUUGAGUAAACCUCAAAAUAUUGAAUCUGAAACUAGUUCAAAUCACAAUCAACCAGGUAGAUUUGUAUUAAACCCAAAUAAACCGGAACCUAAGCAAAGUGAGCCGAAACCUGUUCUAAAUACCAAAAAACAUAAUGCUGUUAAUAAAAACCAUGAUAAACUUAAGAAACCCAAACUUAACAAAUCUCCUAAACAAAAAAAUAAGAACCAAAAAGCGAUCAAUAAUCCAAAUGAAACUAAUGGCACGGAAAAAAAGCCUCAGAAGCAAAAACAUAACAAAGAACUUGAAAUAAGUGACAUAGAGCUUAAUAAUGUUGACACAGACAAAGCAGACGAGGCAAUUAUUAAUGCUAAGAAAAAGAAAUUGACUGAGGCUUUUAAGAAUGAGGACCAAGAAGAUAUUUUGUUCAGAGAAAAGCCUAAAGUAAAAUUUAACAAGAAGAAGGAGCAGAUAAAGAAAAUGCUGGAGCAAAGCAACCGGAACUCUAUCAAUCUUAGUGGGAAUUCUAAUUCACUGCGAGAAAGAAUGAUUGCCAAAUUGCAAGCUGCGCAGUUCAGAUAUCUCAAUGAAAAGCUGUACACAUCAUCGGGAACAGAAGCAAAGGAGCUGUUCCAAGCUGACCCAGCAGCCUUCGAGACAUACCACCAAGGUUACCAGCAGCAGAUCAAGAAAUGGCCCGUGAACCCGCUGGACCUCAUUGUCAAGAGGAUCAUGAAAAUGCCUAAAACCCACCUCAUAGCAGACAUGGGUUGUGGCUCUGCCACUCUUUCCCAUCGGAUUCCCCAGAAGGUCCGCUCAUUUGACCUGGUGGCUUCAUCACCAGGGGUUGACGCUUGUGACAUGGCUCAUACACCAUUGUUGAGCGCGUCGGUGGACGUGGUGGUGUAUUGUCUGGCGUUGAUGGGGACGCAGUUGGCCGAAUAUUUGGCUGAAGGGAACAGGGUGCUGAAGACUGGAGGCCACCUCCUGAUCGCCGAGGUGGAGUCCCGGUUCGACAAGCUGGAAGAGUUCACGCGCGGAGUCGAGCGGCUCGGGUUCAAGCUCCUCCAGACUGAUCAGACUCACAACGUGUUCUAUUUUAUGGAGUUUAAGAAAAUUCAGGAGGCGUCGAAAAAAGCUAGACACGUGCCGUUGACUUUGAAACCUUGCUUGUAUAAGAGACGAUAGGAAAAUAAAUAUUAUAACA